AUGGAGGAGGACUCCUUCCCUCGAGGUGGGACGGUCCAGAAGACAGACUCGGCUGACAGGACCAGGCAGAACAGGAGGGAUGGACCAGCUCAGGACAACCUCUUCAUGCCUCGUCCUGAUGAGAAGAAGAAGGGUAAGAAGCAGAGAAAGAAGAAAGCAGAAAAGUCGGCAGAAAAGACAAAACGAGAAUCAACCUCUGAGGCUGGAGAGGAGGAAGAAGGCAGCCUUCCAAACCUGGUCACCAGUGUACAGGUCCUUAGUUACAAAAAACUGGUGACAGGAAUGCCUGUGCUGGGGUGUGUGAAGGAGGUUAGUGACUGUGAUCUCACUUUGAGUCUGCCCGACGGACUGAUCGGCUUCGUGCAGAUCUCCCGGAUUUCAGACACGCUGACUCAGAUCCUGCAGGAAUACGCAGAGGGGAGUGAUCACACAGAUGAGGACCUCCCGACCCUCCCAAAGCUGUACCAGCCAGGCAUGGUAGUGCGCUGUGUCAUCGCUGAAGUGGCCAGGUCUAAGUCCGGUCACCCUCGGAUUCUCCUGUCUCUCAACCCUCGGGAUGUGAACCAGGGACUACAGGGGACAACACUCAAACCUGGGAUGGUGUUAUCUGGGUGUGUGGCAAGCAUAGAGGAUCAUGGGUAUACUGUUGACCUUGGGGUCAAGGGCACGAGGGCGUUCUUAAAUAGAGCAGAAACCCAGGAGUAUCUUCAGAACAGACAGAUGGAUGACCCGAUGCGGCCGGGUCAGCCUGUGCUGUGCCUGGUGAGAAGUGUAGUGAGCGGAGGACGGUCGGUCAAUCUCAGCAUCUCACCUACACUGCUGCAGAAAGCUGUGGCCAAAGCUGACCAGGACCUGACCCUGGAUACCCUGACCGCCGGCACACUUGUGGAGACGACCGUGACGUCAGUACAGAACCACGGUGUACUGGCGGAGUUUCUGGGCUUCACGGGGAGCGUCUCUCGUGUGCACGUCCCGACAAAACGGUCCGAACAGUACAGGAAGGGACAAAGGGUGAAGGCAUGUAUACUGUACAUCCACCCUACUACCAAGAGAGUGGCCCUGAGUUUCCAGUCUCGACUCUGGGAUGGCAGGACAAUGGUAGAUAUACAGGAGUUUCCUACCAUAGGGACUAUCUACAAGAAGGUGCCUGUCGUCCAUGUGUGGUCGGGUAUUGGAGUCACCCUGAAACUGGGUGAUGAAACAGCAGGAUUCGCAGCCGUAUCUCAACUGUCUGACCAACCUGUAGAAAACAUAGAAACCACCUUCAAGCCAGGCACACAACACAGUUGCAGAGUGAUCAGCUGCAGUCCACUGGAUGGCCAGACUAUCGUGUCGCUGAAAAAGAGUGUUAUAGAACAACCUUUCCUGUGUCUACAAGAUCUCAAACCUGGGCAAAUUGUGGAGGGUAAAAUAACAUCAGUCCUGUCCAGCGGGAUAGCCGUCUCCCUGUCUAACUAUGUCCGAGGAGUGGUCUCCAGUAUCCACCUCGCAGACAUCAUACUGAAAAACCCUGCCAAGAAAUUCAACGAGGGAGACAACAUCAAGUGCAGGGUUCUGAACGUGGCAUUAGAAAGACGACAGUUGGCCCUGACUCACAAGAAGACCCUCCUGUCCUCCAAACUGCCCAUCCUGGCCAGCUAUCAGGCCGCCAAACCCGGCAUGUGGGCACACGGAUUCAUACUGGCCAUCCUGGAGUAUGGCUGUAUUGUCAUGUUCUACAACAAUGUCAAAGGUCUUCUACCCAAGAGAGAGAUGUCCCAAGAGUCCGUGGAGGAUCCCCGUAAGCUGUUCUACAGGGGUCAGGUGGUCAAGUGUCGGGUCAUGACCUGUAACCCUGCACAGGAGAAACUCAGGCUGUCUCUCAAGCCAGAGAAUUCGGGUACUGCUGUUGCACCUGACUUUGAAGUUGGCAAGAUGGUGGAUGUCGAAGUCACAGAGGUCAAACCUGACAGCCUGGGGGUCAAGGUUCAGGGGUCAGGCACGCCGGGAUUCCUUCCCAUGAUGCACCUGUCAGACCACCAGGAGAACUGUCCCCUGGUACUGAGCAGGUACAGCGCUGGUGAUGUCAUACAGGGGGCCAUGUACUGCUGUAGCAGGGCUACGGGCGCUGCUGCGGUAACCUCGGGGCAGGUUGUUGAGAGGUUUGCAGACCUGCAGACAGACCGUGUGUUGUGUGGGUGGGUCAGGACAGUCCGGUCGUUCGGUGUGUUUGUGGAGUUCCCUGGUGGAUGGGUGGGGCUGGCUCCAAAGGCUGCUGUGUCUGACAGGUUCAUAGAAGACUGCACCAGUCUGUUCGAGGAGGGGCAGUCCGUCGUUGCCAAGGUGACAGAAGUUGAUAGUGAGAAGCAGCGUUUUCUGGUCAGUCUGAAGCCCUCGGAGUGCCCCCUGCCAGCUGAAGGCGGUACUGCAGUAGAGACACUGGCGAGCCUUCUGUCUGAAAGGGACAAGGCAGUGCAGCAACUCAAAGCUACACAAGGUUCAGACCUAAGCAGCCAGCUCGGCAAGGUUCUGUCUGCAACAGUGACAAACGUUCAGGAAGCCGGGAUGGUCCUCAGCAUACCUGACCUACAGGACCUGACAGCAGUGGCCAGCAAGACCCACUGUGAAGGGACUGAUCUGAACGUAGGGGACACCACCCGAGUAUGCAUACUACAUGUAGACAUCCCUAACAACAUUGCAGAGGUGUCCCUACGGUCUGACCUACUGGAACACGCUGGAGAAAAGGGGAAAAAGAAGAAUAAAGGAAAGAUGAAGAAAGGCGGAGAGCUUGCUUGCACGGUUCUUGAUGCUAAAGCAAAGUAUCUGCUGGUAGCAUUUGACGGGGAAGAAGGGUUGGCGUAUGUGACAAGAAAAUGGCACCCGAACCGCGGGAGCAACGUGGGCAUGGGAGACUCUCAGAUUGGAGAGAAGUGUAAGAUUAGGGUUGUGAAAGUUAUGCAGGGCGGCGGGGUCAUAGCAGUGCCUGCCGGGAAGAAGACAGAAGGAAGGAAGGAUGGUAGGGAGGAACCUAGGGCAGAGAGGGCGAGAGAAGAAAAGAAGAACAGGAAGAGAAAAAGAGAGGAGAGUGACGGCCAGGACGGAGCUCAGGCUUGUGAAGAAGAGGGACAGAAUCAAGCCAAGAAAAUCGAGAUUGGAGCAGCUGUGAAUGUCGUAGUGACGGCAAAAGCUCGAGAUCAUUUAGAGGUCAAGAUCAAGGGUCCAGGUCACAAGCAAGAGGGCAUAGUUCACAUAUCAGAGGUCAAGGACGAUGUGAGGGAGGGCGAGGCACCCAUGGCCAAGUUCCAGCCGGGUUCGGUGGUUAGCGGGCGUGUCAUCGGUAUCUCUCACAAUUGCAAGAAGGUGAAAAAUCUUAAGUCACUUCCCUUCAGUCGCCCUGGGUUUGAGGAAGUUGUCUACGACGUGUCUUUAAGAGAAAGCGUCGUAAAAGCUGACAAGGACUUUGAGAAGUUCUCACUGCCCAAUGAAAAGGAAAGGACCGACGCGUACAAGGAGGACCAGAGGGUGAUGUUCUAUGUCGAGUCUUUCCAAGACUCGCACCUGGAAGUCUCCAUUUCCCCAGGUGUGCAGGGAAAGAUAGACCUGCUCAGCCUCUCAGACAAGGUGGAGGACUUGGAGAAUCCCUCCGCAGUGUUCAAGUCCAAGUGUGGAUACCUUGGCACCAUCACUAGUAUCGAUAAAGAGAGCUCAACAUUGCACCUCUCUAGACUCAGCAAAGCCAGCAAGCUCUCCCCAGGUUUGGUAGUCAAUGCACAGGUGGCUAAAAAGGUGCCCGGUAGAUUGGUUGUGAGCCUUCCUUUUGGGUGCAAGGGCUACGCAGACUUAACCGACCUGUCUGACUCUUACUCUUCCCACCCAAUGGGCACCUUCAAGGUAAACCAGUUCCUGAAGUGUUGUGUGCUCGAAUGCAGCAGCAAACGGCAUGUACGGGUGUCGCUACGACUGUCCAAGAUCGGUGGAAAGGCGCGGAAUGUCAAAGACCCAGACUACGAGACGGUGGAAGACAUCGUAGAGGGUGACAUCGUACGCGGUUACGUCGAAGACUUCAACAAGUACGGCGUCUUCGCUGCGCUCUCCCACAAGGUGAAGGGUCGAGUGCAGUACAAGCACGCCACGUCUUACUUCGUAAGAAACCAACAAGAGCUGAAGAAGCAUUUUCCCGUCGGUAAGCUCCUCACGGCUAAGGUUCUUGAAGUGUCGUACGAAUCGUCCCAUCUGGAGCUAUCUUUGUUGGAAAAGGACACAGGCGCACCAGACCCUCUCCCAAACACCUGCGGUUACCCGCUCAGGGCUUCCAAGGACCAGAAGGACAAGAAGAGGAAGGAGAGAGGGAAGGAGAAAGAAGAGAAGGGAAGGAAGAAGAAGAGAAAGGUGGAGAGAGAUUCGGAGGAAGACGACAGCGGGGUAGAAAUUGCUGUGAUGAAGUCAACAGAUGAAGAAGAAGAGUCAGUUCCAGUCAAGCAGAGUUCUGAAGAACAACGACCUUCUUCUUCGAAGAAACCACAUUUGACCUUGACCAGUGGGUUCAGCUGGGGAGAGGAGCUGGAGGUGUCCAAGGUCGCCGUAAAGGACAGUGAGAGUGAGGACGAGGAUGACCCUGACACAGAAAUCUCACAGCCUCCAAAGAAGAAGUCCAAAAAGGAAAGGGAGGAAGAGAGAAAGGCCAAUGAUAAGAAGUUGUACAAGGCAGAGUUGGCCCUACUGGACGAGGACCGUGCUCCCCAGUCUGCGGAUGAUUUUGACCGUCUGGUGCUGAGUUCUCCGGACAGCUCCAUCCUCUGGCUGCGCUACAUGGCCUUCCACCUCCACUCCACCGACAUUGACAAGGCCCGCACCGUCGCAGAGCGCGCUCUCAAAACCAUCUCAUUCAGGGAAGAGAAGGAGAAGCUGAAUGUGUGGGUGGCUCUGAUGAACCUGGAGAACAUGUACGGUACCGAGGAGUCCCUCAUGGCCGUGUUCCAGCGAGCACUGCAGCACAACGACGCACUCACCAUCUACAAACAACUCGUCAACAUCUACAAACGCACGGACAAAACAGAGGAAGCGGACCAGCUGUACGUCGCCAUGGUGAAGCGUUUUCGUGGCAACAAGGAGGUGUGGAUCAGCUACGGGCGGUUUCUUAUGGAGAAGAAGCGAGCGGACGCGGCACACAUCCUCAUGCAGAGGAGCCUCAAGAGUCUAGACAACAGGGAUCAUCUGGAGGUGAUUUCCCGGUUUGCUGUGAUGGAGUUUAAGCUUGGUGACGUGGAGAGGGGGAGAACCAUGUUUGAGAACAUCCUGAGUAACUAUCCCCGACAGGUGAACGUCUGGUCAGUCUACCUGGAGAUGCUGAUCAAGACUGGAGAUCUGGACCAAGUCAGGCUUGCCUUUGACCGAGUUACCGCCCUGAACCUCAGCACUAAGAACAUGAAGGGUUUCUUCAAGAGGUACCUGGAGUUUGAGAAGAAAUAUGGAGACGAGGACACCGUUUCUGCCGUCAAACGCAAAGCCAUCGAGUACGUGGAGACAAAAGCUGGAGAUGUGGCAACAACGUGAGACACUAAAUGGCAGAUAAAGCUGGCAUCACACUGUCGUCAACUUUUUAUGGAGCUUGUUGAUCAACAGAAUAUUCAUAGCCUCCGUAGCAGGCUUAUACAGUAGAACUGGGGGUUUGGUGGUCUUCUGCUGUUUUCUGAUUAGCCCAGUUCUAACGGGGGUAAUUCAACCAGGCCGGCUAUGUUGU